UCUCUAACAGAACAGGGACCCCUACACGUGGCACAGGACGGCACCCACAUAUACGCCAACCCCUACGCCUGGAACCGGGAGGCAAACGUACUGUUUCUGGAGGCGCCGGCGGGCGUCGGCUUUUCGUACAAAACGGACGGCAAGUACGCGACAAAUGACACUCAAGUGGCCGCCGAUAACUACGCGGCCCUCCAGUCCUUCUACCGGAAGUUCCCGCACCUCAAGCCCAACGACCUGUACGUCACCGGCGAGUCUUAUGGAGGGGUAUAUGUGCCCACUCUGGCUGUCCAUAUAUUGCGCGCGUCAGAGGCUACCGGUGCUGACGCCAUGAAUCUGAAGGGGUUUGCGGUGGGAAACGGCUAUCUAUCGCAGCAAUUAUUAGGCAACUCUUUACUGUACUUCGCAUACAAUCACGGCUUAUACGACACCCCCGUAUGGACUCAAUUAUGGGACGCCUGCUGUCCGCUGAGUAACGGUAGCCGAGUGUCGGUCGACAACAGCACCGGUCGAUGCGAUUUCGUGGGCAACGGGUCGACUCCCUGCCAGUCAGCCAUAGCACGGGCCACGGGUUUCAUAUCGGAGCCGGGUCUC